ACGCAAGGAAUGAAUGGACGCGCUUUUCAUUAUGAGAUUGAUUGAGAUAAGGGGGUAAAAAUGGGAAAAAACCUUGGGCAAAGUAGGAGGAGUCUCCAACGACUGAAAACUACAACAAAAAUAUAAUCUGCAAACUGAAUAAAAAUAAAUUCAUGUUGCUCCAGGACCAAGAGCAAGAGCUGCUCGAAAUAGAAAUGAAAAAGCUCGAGGAUUUACAGGAAACUUUGACUAGCAAAUUUAAACCAUGGCAAAGAACGGUGGAUUUCUGGGCGAGAGCACUGAACGUCUACACGGGCUACAAGGUUUGUCAGCUUCGGGUGAAAUUCGUUCCAGAGAGGGAAACUCAAGAGAGGAUAUGGGAGGAACAGCAUGAAAUUGCAGCCACCAAGAUUUAUUCCCUUUGCUCAGACCUUGGCGGCUUUUUCCUCAAGGCUGCUCAAAUACUUGGCAAACCAGAUCUGGCCCCAGAUGCAUGGGUUAAAAAAUUGGUUACACUGUGUGAUGGUGCACCCCCUACUCCUUUUGAGGCUAUGCAACAUGUAUUGGAGGAGGAACUCGGAAAGAAACCUAAUGAAGUUUUUGAAAUGUUUGAGAGAAUUCCUCUAGGUUCAGCAUCAGUUGCCCAGGUUCACAGAGCAAGAAUUCAGGGUGAAAAAAGUGAUGUCGCUGUAAAGGUUCAACAUCCUGGAGUACAGGAACUCAUGAUGACAGAUAUCCAAAAUUUGAAAAGUUUUGCAGCAUACUUACAAAAAACAGAGCUCAAAUUUGAUCUUGUGUCAGUUGUUCAAGAAAUAGAAAAGCAGGUUGGUUAUGAAUUCGAUUUUUUGAGGGAAGCAAAAUCCAUGGAGAUGAUUGGUAAAUUCUUAGAAACAUAUAAUAAGGGUAAACCACCAGUGAUUGUACCGCGACCUAUUUCAAGCAUGGUCACUAGGAGAGUUCUGGUUAUGGAAUUUAUAGAAGGGACCCCUAUUAUGCGUCUAGGAGAUGAGAUGUCUAAAAAGGGGAUAAGUCCAAACAGUAAAAUGGCAAUGGUAGUUAAGAGGAGUAUUUUGAAAGACUUAACUACAGCUUAUGGGCAAAUGAUAUUGAAGAGUGGAUUCUUCCAUGCAGAUCCGCAUCCUGGCAAUAUUUUGAUAAACAAAGAGACUAAGGUUGCAUUAUUAGAUUAUGGACAAGUGAAGGAGUUACCAGAUGAUCUUAGGAUUCAAUUUGCAAGACUAAUAGUGGCACUUGUGUCUGGUGAUUCCCUGAAAGUAGGGAAAAGUUUUGAGGAUCUUGGGAUACGAUCUUCAACGAAAGCUACGGAUAAUCCAGUUGCCAUCACAAAAUUGGCCCGAAUGAUGUUUGAUACUAAACUUCCACCUGGUGUCAAAGCUGCAAAUCCUUUUGCAGAGGAUUCCUCACUAAAAGAGGUUUCUGUGCAGAGUUUUCCUGAGGAGCUAUUUUUCGUGCUGCGCACAGUACAACUUCUACGAGGUAUUAGUGCAGGUAUGGGUAUAAAUUACUCAUGUGCGGAAGCAUGGAAACAAAUGGCAGAGGAAACAAUCCCUUCAGUAGGACCAGGUACAGACUUGCAGAGAAAAAAUGGCAAGAAUGGUGGCUCAAGGAAUUUGCUUUUUUGGAAGAAAAGAUAGCACUCAUUUGCUCUAGCCCUGAAUAAUCAUGCUUAUUGAAUUUAGUCAAGUAGAACCUAUAGAUACUCCUAGUGUUAUUGCUUAAGUUAACUAUGAUGUAUUCCUUUAUGUACGAUAUUAUGUGUCUCUGGAAAAAUGGGGACAGUGAGUCGUAUGGUAGCUACAAAUGCUAUGGUUUCCUAUUUUUCCUGCCACAUUAACUAUGGUUAUAUGUUCCCACUUCUAAGGAGGGAAUUCUUCUUUUAUAUGGAAAAAUUUCGAGAAUAUGUCUACUAGCUCCUAUGCAAAACCAACUUCCUUUUA